CCACAAGAGGAGAUAGCGGGGGCAGCCAGGGAAAGGCAGCGCUGCUAUCUGCGGGACCAGGCGAGACUUGGCAGGCCAUGGCCUCAGGGCCGCCUGGGGAGCGGCUGAGGGAAGAGGCCAGGUGCCCCGUGUGCCUGGAUUUCCUGCAGGACCCAGUCAGUAUUGACUGCGGUCACAGUUUCUGCCUCAGAUGCAUAUCCCAGUUCUGCGAGAAGACCGACAGCGCCCAGGGCGGCGUCUACGCCUGCCCCCAGUGCCGUGGCCGCUUCCGUCCAGCGGGCUUCCGGCCCAACAGGCAGCUGGCCAGCCUGGUGGACAGCGUGCGGCAGCUGGCUCUGGGCGCGGGACCUGCGGGGACGCGCCUCUGCGUGCUGCAUGGCGAGGAGCUGAGCCGCUUCUGCGAGGAGGACCAGGUGGUGCUGUGCUGGGUCUGUGAUACCACCCCUGAGCACCGGAGCCACCGCACCGUUUCCCUGCAGGAGGCCGCCAGGGACUACCAGGUAAAGCUCCAAGUUGCCCUGGGAGUUGUGAGGAAAGAGAUGGAGGACACUUUGACUCAGGAAACCAAUGUGGGGAAAAAGACUGUCAUUUGGAAGGAAAAAGUGGAAAUGUGGAGGCAGCGCUUCAAGUCAGAAUUUGAGAAACAUCGUCGCUUUCUGACCCAGGAGGAGCAACUUCAGCUGAGGCGGCUAGAGGAGGAAGAACGAAUGACCCUGCAGAGACUGCAGGAGAGCAAGAACAGGUUGGUUCAGCAAAGCAAGGCCCUGAAGGAACUGGCUGAGGAGUUGGAGGAGAGGUGUCAGCGCCCUGCGCUUGGUCUGCUGGAGGGCGUGAGAGGAGUCUUGAACAGAAGUAAUAAUGUCACACGAUUGGAACCUGAGACCAUCCCCAUGGAGCUGAGGACAAGGUGUUGUGUCCCUGGGAUGAAGGAAAUGUUAAGGAAGUUCCAAGUUGAUGUAAAGCUGGAUCCUGCCACAGCUCAUCCCAGCCUCCUCUUGACUGCUGACCUGCACAGUGUGCAGGAUGGAGAAGUAUGGAGGGAUGUCCCCAGCAACCCUGAGCGCUUUGACACAUGGCCCUGUAUCCUAGGUUUGCAGAACUUCUCAUCAGGGAGGCAUUACUGGGAGGUCUUGGUGGGAGAAAGAGCAGAGUGGGGAUUAGGCGUCUGUCAAGACACAGCGCCAAGAAAGGGGGAAAGCACACCAUCUCCCGAGAAUGGAGUCUGGGCAUUGUGGCUACUGAAAGGGAAUGAGUACAUGGUUCUUACCUCGCCAUCUGUUCCAGUCCUCCAGCUGGAAAGACCUCGCUGCAUUGGGAUUUUCUUGGACUAUGAAGCUGGUGAAAUUUCCUUUUACAACUUAACGCAUGGGUCUUAUAUCUACACAUUCAACCAACUAUUCUCUGGUGUUCUCCGACCUUAUUUUUUCAUCUGUGACACGACUCCUAUUACCCUGCCAUCUAUGAUGGAAGCAGAGUCAGAGAAUUGGGCAUCCAGGGAUCAAGUUGAUCCUACUUCUAAUUUUAGCGACAUUUAUUCCUAAACCUCUGUUCCCAAGAUACACCCCAUGCCAAGGAAUGGCUUCUGGAGUAGAGGAGGGUACAAAUAUGCUAAGCCUCAAAAGAUGCCCCCAUUUAGGUUAGUACUUUAUUGUUUAUAUGAAAAUAUCCCCAUAGGGAAAAGAGAAACUAUAAAUAUGUGUCCUUGGAGGUGCAUUGUGGAGUAUAAUAAUUUUAGAAAUGGAACAAUUUCAUCAAAUUCUAUUUCCAGACAGCUCCACAAAUUUUCUUGAUGGGUCUUUCUUCACAUUGAUGGAUCCUGUAUUAACAAACAUUUUUAUACGUCCAUUGUAAUUUCUCAUUCCUUUCAAUACCCUUUCACCCCAAGUCUUCCAUAUACAUUAAGAAUUAGAAAUGGCAAUUCUUGAAUUGGCUCAGAACAGUUGAGUAUUUAUGUUGGUUCCAAUUCUCCCCUCUGUCCAUUACAUUGUUUCAGCAUCAGAUUCAUAAUUCUGUUUGUUCUCUUUCUUUUUUCACCUUCUCCUCCUCCUCCUCUUUCUCUUCCUCCUUCCUUCUCCUUCUUCCUUCUGUCUCCCUUGCUCUCUCCCUCCUUCUUUCCUUUUCCUUACUUUUUUAUGCUUUUUGAACCUUCCAUUUUCUUCUGUGUUAAUAUAUUCAGAACUUGUCCUUUGUACAUUUCAUUUUACUAUCACUAUAUUUAAUUACUUUUAAAUCCUCUAUAUUCUGGGAAUGAUUUUGUGGAUUAUGGAAUUCAUUCUUCUGAAUCUAAUAUCACUGAUUCCCAAAACUUAACUCUCUGUGACUGUAAUUUUUGCCUUUAUAUUUGAUGCAUUUUUUAAUCUUAGAAAUUUCACAAAAUUUUGAUUCAAUAUACCUGAGUUCUUUUGACCAAACAAUUUACUAUAAGAGAGAACUCAAACAAAUAAAAUCUCUUUCAGUCUCAGCUACUUGUUACAGUUCCUAUAUGUGAAAUAAUGAUACUGGUCUCACAGGGCUGUCAAAAUAUUUAGGUCAUAAUUGAUAUGAUUGAUUUAAGUUCAAUUUCACUAUUUAAACAUAGUUUAAAGAUGAUGAUGGUGAUGACAAUAAUAAAAUGAUGAUAAUACUGGACUUAAUUUUAAACUCUAUUCUGUUGCUUCCCAACAAAAUUUUAAAGUCAUUGAAGGCUAACUUUGCUGUCAUCUUUCUCCAUAUCUAUGCACAAUAAAUAAUUGAGGAUUCCAACUCCCCUAAAUGCUUGACAAAUAUUAAUUACUGGAAGUAUUAGUUGACCAUCCUGAUAAUAAUUUAUCAGAAAGCUUUAUUCCUCCUCUUUAACUUGAACUUUAGUUCAAAUUUUUUUUGUUUUUGUUUUUGUUUUUCCAUUCCAGGGAGCCUUGCUUGAUUGGCAUCCUUCAUUUUCCUUCCAACUAUAUUAAGAUAAGUUUUUUUUCCUAGGUAUUUUAACUGUCUGAUCAUGAGCAAACAAUUCACCUCUCUCUUAGUUUUGCCAUUUGCAAACAGUAGUUUAAUAAUGUAUUUGUAUAUUCCUCCUGGGAAGAGGUUCAUGCACUGGAUCUCAGCUCAUACCUCUCCAUCAACAGGGUUAAAAUUGGGGUUGGUAACUUAGUAUGAAAUAAGGCUUUUGUGGAAGGCCACCCUAGAGUCAUGACAGAGAAUAUCAGAGAAGAGCCUUAGAGCAAUAGCGUCCCUUCUCCAUGGAAUCAAGAAUGAAGAAAGCAUACUGGGUCUGAAAGCACACCUCCUAGGGGGCUCUAUUCCAUUCACCAGAAACAAGAGAGACUUCCAGGCAGGAAGGAGAUAUAUCUCCUACUCUUUACCUGGGGUGAACAGGGAUUUCUCCCUACCACUAAACUGACAGCCUCUUCUCCAUUAUCCUCCUUGAAUCCUGUAAUCUCAUUAUGCAUUUUAACAUAGUUUAUGUCAGUCACUAAUAUCUUCCUUUAUCCCUUGCACUCUAAGCUUCACAAAACUUUCUGCAUGUUCUGUUAUGACCCCUUCUCUCUCUCUUCCCAACUCCAAAAAGUCCUCCACUCUUCCCUCUGGAAUUCUUAUUCAUUAUCAGCAAAAUCUUCUAAAUCCACACCUAUUUCCUGACUUGUCCUUUACCUUUAUCCUUUAACCUUUCUCUGUGAUUCCAGACUUACAUAUUCAACUGUACCCUUGACAUCAAAGUAGAUAUUUUAAAUUCCAUAUACAAAAAACUUAACCUUAAAUCUAUCUCCAUUUCCCUCCCCUGCAAAAACUGUCUUACACUUUUCCAUCUCAGUGGAUGACAACUCCGUAUUUUCAAUUACUGAUGCCAAAAAUUGUGGUUCACUCUUCUCUUUAUUUUGCCAGUCCACGUCAAUUCCACCAGUAAAUCUUGUUGGCUCUACCUUCACAUACAUCCAGAGUUUAGCCAUUCCUAACCAUUCAGCCUCCUCUUCCUCUGGAUUAUUAAUUGUUUUCCCAGCAGUCCUCCUGGCUCUCCUCUUGCACCUCCCCAUCCAUUCUCAACUUAAGUUCUAUGGAUUCUUUUAACACGUAAGUCAGUUAUGCUACUUACCUGGGCCACAUCCUGCAGUGACUUCUCACUCAACUUAGAGUUAAAACCAAUAUGUUCACAAUGAACUCUAAUACCUUAUAGGAUCUGGCUCCCAGUUCCUUUUUUGAUUCUCUCUUUGCCUCCAUUAGCUUUUCUUUCCAUUCUACUCCCACCACCUUGGCUUUCUGGCUGGGUCUACACCUUCCCAGGUACCUCCAACACAGCUUCUCAGUGAGGACUACUCAUUUCAUAUGGCAACCCACUCUCCCCCAGAGCCCAUCCUCCCAAUGCCUUCACUGAGCUCAAUGGUGGUUCUUAUUUUCUGUAGAGUACUUAUCAAUGUCCAAUAUAUUAUUACCGAAUUUUCUUUUUUGUUAGGUUGUGUUUUGUUUUGUUUUGUUUUUGUUUUUGUUUUUGCCUUUUCUUGUUACAAUAUAAGCACCAUGAGUGCAGGGAUAUUUGUCUAUUUGUUCACUGACAUGUCACAAGUUGCCUAAAACAAUGUUUUGUGCAUGGUUUUCACUCAAUGUCUACGUGUUAAAUGAUUAAAUGAUUGACUAUCUGGAGGGCAGAAUGAAAUAAAGAACCUGAAAAUGUUUUGUGAAUUGUAAAUAUUACAAUGUUGUUGUUAGUGUUGUUAUUUAUAAUUGGGAAGCACUGACUAAUAAAGUUUAC